AUGUUCUACUUCUUCGAAUCACGCAAUAGCAAAAAGGACCCUGUUGUUAUCUGGUUGACUGGAGGGCCAGGGUGUGGUAGCGAACUGGCCGUGUUUUAUGACAAUGGUCCCUUCACCAUUGCUGAUAACGUGUCUCUUGUUUGGAACGAGUAUGGUUGGGACAAGGCAUCGAACCUUCUGGAUGUGGACCAACCUAUUGGUACUGGAUUUAGUUACAGUUCUGACCAAAGAGACAUUCGUCAUAACGAAGAUGAAGUUAGCAAUGACCUAUAUGAUUUCUUACAGGCAUUCUUUUCGGAGCACCCUGAGUUCGCAAAUAAUGACUUUUACAUAACUGGAGAAUCAUAUGCGGGGCACUACAUUCCAGCUUUUGCUGGCCGAGUACACCAAGGAAACAAAGCUAAGGGGGGAAUUCAUAUAAACCUAAAGGGAUUUGCUAUUGGUAAUGGCCUGACAAAUCCUGCAAUCCACUGUAAAGCUUACACUGAUUAUGCUUUGGACAUGGGGGUAAUUAAGAAGUCUGAUUAUGAUCGUAUCAACAAGAUGGUUCCCGUUUGUGAGAUGGCUAUAAAACUUUGCGGCACUGAUGGUACAAUCUCUUGCAUGGCUUUAUAUUUUGUCUGCAAUUCGACAAUCGAAGAAAUCAUGAAACUUGCUGGCGAUACUAAUUACUAUGAUCUUAGAAAGAAAUGUGAAGGGGGCCUUUGCUAUGACUUCUCGAACAUCGAGACAUUUCUUAACAAGAAAUCUGUUAGGGAUGCCCUUGGUGUUGGGAAUAUAGAUUUUGUGUCCUGCAGCCCUACAGUCUAUCAGGCCAUGCUAGUUGACUGGAUGAGGAAUCUCGAAGCUCCCAUUCCCAAUCUCCUUGAGGAUGGAAUAAAGCUUCUUGUAUAUGCUGGGGAAUAUUAUCUCAUUUGCAACUGGCUUGGCAAUUCAAGAUGGGUUCAUGCUAUGCAAUGGUCUGGUCAGAAGGAGUUUGUAGCAUCUCCUGAGGUUCUUUUUAUAGUUGACGGCUCAGAAGCCGGAGUCUUGAAAACUCACGGACCUCUCGGUUUCCUUAAGGUUCACGAUGCGGGUCAUAUGGUUCCUAUGGACCAGCCCAAGGCAGCAUUGGAGAUGCUGAAAAUAUGGACCAAGAGUACACUAUCUGAAGCCGGUGAUUCAGAGAAACUGGUUGCUGAGAUGUGAGCUCCAUUACUUCAGUGCUUGAAUCCGAUGUAGUUAGCCUUUACAAUGGGAAUAAACAUAGUUCAGGAUAUAUUCCUGCGUAGUUUCGAUACC